UCCUCACUACUGUCGCCCCCGCUUGGCAGGUUACGCUUCUCUUCUACUGCUGUGGCUUGACGCGCUGUGUGGUGAUAUGUGCUCGGCGACUUUCACUGUGACCGGUGAGUGAUCACGGUGUGCGGCUGUAGUGACCAGUGAUCCGAGCGAGUGUAAAGAACAGCCGACCGAUGAUAAUAGAUUUCCGUAACCGCUCAAUGAAAUCGGAGCCGCCUGGCAGCGGGCGCCAGCCGAGUGGUCCCAUGCCAGGGGCCUGCGAUAUGUCCAAGAGUUUACGGAAUGGCACAGACAGAGGCAAUCCGCUGCUUCGACAAGUGAGUCUCGCCGCCGCCGCGGCAUUCCACGACCACAUCUCGUGCGCAAAGUCGGCCGCCGAACUGCUCGAGCCCAUGCCGUGCGACACGGACCACUUGUACGCUCACUGUGGCGACGACGCUCCCGACGACAGCGAGCAAGACAGGCUGCGAGCCAUCGUCGUGCUGCACACGGAUUUAAUACAGCACCAGGAAGAGGUGAUCGCCGAACGCGAGAGGCAGAUCGACGAGCUGCGCAUUCAGCGAGACGAGCUGCAAGAGCGGUUGCGACGCCUGCAGGCGUGCGUCGCGCAUGUCGCCUGCCAGACAGAAGAUAUGCUCGUGGACGCCCGGACACCCCUGCUGGCCACUGAGCUGCUGCGCCCCGAACCACACAGUGCUGUGCUGGCUUCGUCGUCCGAACUUUUCGACGAGGUCGCUCCUUGCGAAAGCCAAGAGGUGCCCGCAGUACCCGAAGAGGAACCCGCGGUCCAGGAGCGCCGCGGCCACUCUCCACUCGCGAAGGCUGCCGCUGAGCCCGCUGGCCGACCGGCAGCCGAGCCGACGCGGGGCGAGGACGCCGUCCAGAAGCAGCAGGCCGAGCCGGCACCACCCCCUCCUCCCCGAGGUCCCCCUCCGGCGGCCGAGGACGAGGAGCGCGCCCAGGAGGCGCCGGCCGAAGUCCCCGCAGCCCCCGUACAGUCUUCGUCGCAGGAGGCCGCCGCCCCACCCGAGCCCUCCGCCAGGAAGGCCGGCCGCAAGAGGUCCGCUGCUGCCCGAGACGAUGCCGGCAGGCUGCUCUACAAUCACCAGGCGUACGCAACCUGUGCCGCCCGCCCGCCCGCCGAGGAAGCCGCUGCCGCCGCCGCCGCCGCCGAGGCUAUUGAGGUGCCCACAUGGAGGGUGAACCACAUAGCGAGCCUCUACAGCAUGGAGGGCACCGAAAACCUCGACGACGAAGUCUUCCGCAAGCGGCAUGCAAAGCUUGAGGCUAACGAAAAGAGGCGGAAGCGGUGGGACUUGCAGUUGCUUCGAGAACAGCAACAUACCGAGAGACUGCGACGAAGAAUGGAGCGAAGUGUGGAGAAGCCUCCAAGCUGCCCACCAACAUUCAGCGGAGACCUUAAAGCACAGUGAGUGUGGCCUCAUGGG